AAUUUUACAAAACUGAGUCCUCCAGUCUACAAACACAAACACAAAGCUUUGCUCUGAAUAUGCACAUGGUGGAGAAAUUUUUUCAACAUCACACACUCUGAAAACUGAUUCUUCCUUCAACAAUCAACAAUCAACAAUCACAAUGGUCUUCAUGUCUCUUCGGAAUUCCUUCAUAUCUCUUCUCCUAUUAUCAUCAUCACUCUUCUUCUUCUUCUACUUCUCACCGCUCCUUGCCAAAUCUCCUCACCCAAUCUCUGAUGCUGAAGUCAGGCAGAAGAAACUUCAGUGCUAUGCUGAUAUUGACAGUUUGCUGUGGGGUUGGCAAUGCAAAUCAUCGAUGAUAGCAAGGGAGAAUUGUGCUUUGAGAUGCCUUUCACCUGCUUGUUAUGAGGUCAUCUAUCAGAGUGACCCGCUUGAAGAGGGAGAGAAAGACUUUAUUCGGAGCCAAGAGUACAAAUACUGUAUGCAUAAGUUAUCCUUGGGAGAAAGCAUUGAGGGUGUUAGGGGUUCCUUUGGCCACUAAUCAAUGCGAAAAUUCUGAACUGAAGGCCCUCAAGAAAAUGCCCAAAAGCCUCAAGUUUUUUUUUUGUCUUCGAGGACAAAAUUAUAAAUGAAUGAAAUAGAAGUACAUGUUCUGAGAAAUCCUGUAUGAACUGACACCAAAAGAUGCUUCUAUUUAGGCGAUGCCAUAGUUUUGUACCCUUCAAGUAUACAAGUUCCUUCAUCCUGUGUGCCUUUGAGGGUAUUAAUCAAUGUUAUUAAUCUUAAACUGAUCAUUGACUCAGUCAUGUACUGGGUUAUUUGAUUACUGGUUCAACCAGUAAAUCAGUAUGAAAACAUUUGUCAAAGUUACUCCA